AUGUCGAAGCGCAACCCGCUGCGGCAGGUGAUGGACUACGUCGGCGCCUCUGAUGACGUGGAGUGGAUCUAUUACGACGGCUGGGGGAUGCUCACCCCCGAGGGCCCUUGGAAGCUCGAGCUCGGUGUCGGCACUUUCCGCGACGAGAUCCUGCCGAAGUACGGGGUGCCGCCAGAGGAGUUCGACGAGGUCAUGAAAGCGUGCGCGCCCUUGGCCAAGACUGGGUACGACAUCCCGGGCGUGGUGCUUCGCGACGAUGAGUGGCAGCUGCUGCCGCUGCUGCUCAAAUUCCCAGGCGCGGUGGUCCCGGCCAUCAGGGACUCGCCGGCCCUCAGUGAGCCCUUCUCGGCCGUGCUGGACAGGCUCGAGCUCGAGGGUCGGGUGAAGAAGGGCAGCUGGCUCCGCAAGUGGCUGGACGCCCUGGCCUUUUCGCUCUCUGGCCUGGACUGCAGUGGGACCACCACGGCGGCGAUGGCCUUCACCAUGGAGGAGCUUCACACGCCCCAGACCCGGGGCCUCGCGUACCCUCGCGGUGGCAUGGGGGAGGUCGUGGAGGCUCUCGUGAAGGCCGUCAAGCGCGCGGGCGGCAACGUGCACACGGGCGUGAGGGUCGAGGAGGUGUUGCUCGAGGGCCGGCGGGCCGUGGGCGUGCGGCUGAAAGGCGGCGGCGAGGUGCGCGCGGCGGAGGCCGUCGUGUGCAACUCCUCCGUGUGGGAUUCGGCUAAGCUGCUGCCAGAGGGCGACGCCUCGCUGGAGGCCCUCCGACAAGAUUGGACGGGCACGCCGAUGACGCGGUCGUACCUGCACCUGCACCUCGGGCUCGACGCCGAAGGCCUGGACAUGUCCAAGCUCCUGCCCCACUACACGGCGAUGGAGUCCUGGGACGACGUCACCGGGGAACAGCGGCCGGUUGGCGUCGCCCGAAACGUGGUGGCAAUCUCCAACCCGUCGCUGCUCGACGACUCGCUCGCGCCGCCGGGGAAGAUCGUCAUGCACCUCUACGGCGCUGGGAAUGAGCCCUUCGAUAUAUGGCAGGAGGCCGAGGCUGGCGGCAGGCAGGCGUACGGGGCGCUGAAGGAGUCGCGCGCGCAGCGGCUCUGGACGGCCCUGGAGGAGAUCAUCCCCGACGCGCGGGCGAGGGCGGAGGUGCAGCUGGUGGGCAGCCCGCUGACGCACCGCAGGUACCUCACCCGCGCCGCGGGCACCUACGGCCCCGCCCCGCUGUUCGGCCGCUUCGGGCCCGGGAAGCUGCCCUUCAGGACCGCCAUGGACGCCUCUGCCGGGCGCGGCGAGCAGGGAGUGGAGGGCCUCAUCCUCUGCGGGGACUCCACCUUCCCUGGCAUCGGCGUUCCGGCGGCGGUCGUCUCGGGCCUGAGCGCCGCGCAUUCGGCGAUGAGCCCCUGGGAGCACCUGGGGCUGCUCGGGCGAGCGGGCUACUGA